AUGAAAUGUAUAAAUGAUAGUGAUGAUGACGAUGCUGCCGACGGGAAAGAUGGUGGUGGUGGUGGCGGAAAAGAUGGUGGUGGUGGCGGAAAAGAUGGUGGUGGUGACGGAAAAGAUGGUGGUAAUGAUGGUGGUGGUGGUAGUGGAAAAGAUGGUGGUGGUGGAAAAGAUGGUGGUGAUGAUGGUGGUGGUGGGGGAAGAGAUAGGCAGUUUGAUGAUGUGGAUGAUAGCUUCAAUAUCCUGCCUAGGUUUAGAGACAAAAGACAACAACGAAACAAUAACAACAACAAUAAUAAUAAUAAUAUCAAUAACAAUAAUAAUAAUAGUAAUAAUAAUAGACCGGCUUAUGCUUACGUUGGUGUAGUUAGAGAUAGGCAGGAGAGAAGGAAGAUGGUGUCUGUGGCCUGUGUUGAAUGCAAGAAGUGGUUCGAGUCGCUGGGCCUUGCAGAGGAAGAAGUGAACGAACGAAUGAAGAACUGUCGACACAAAUCCCUCUUCCAAGCCCCCCCUAGCACGCCUCAGGGCUACUGGACUAUCGGAAUGCCCGACACACAGAUGUGCCAGGAGAGAAGUGGAUAUCUAAACAUCGAAUCACCUCAAAACAACAACAACAACAACAAUAAUAAUAAUAAUAAUAAUAGUAAUAAUAUUAACAAUAGCGACACAUCAACAACUAUGUCUUCUACAUCGGCUGUUUCAGUGCCUGCAACCUUUCAACAACAACAUCAACAUCUUCACCAACAACAACAACAGCAUCAACAACACACCAACAAAUCGCUAUCAACUGCCAAUAACAGCAACUCAAUAAACUACGACAGCAACAACGGUAAUAUGAAUAAUGGAGUUUACAACGACAACAACAACAACAUCAACAACAUCAGCAACAACAACAUUAAUAACCACAGCAACAACUACUUCUCGGACCUCCUCCGAUCCAAAGACAAAAUAAUAAAGUCGCAGGCCAAAAAGAUCGAACAGUUGGAAAGCGAAAUAACCCGAUUCCAACUAAUCAGGCAGUCCCUAACUUCCCAACUGGCCCUGGCCAACUACCAAUUACAAAUGUCCUUCUCGCUAGCUCCUCCCAUCGGGGCUGUCAGUCACGUCACUAAAAAUGGCGAGGGGGGUGGGGGUCCAGAUGACGACGAUGAGGAUGAUGAUGAUAAUGGUGGUGAUGGAGUGAGAGGAGUAUGCCAUAGAGAGAGAUGGAAUAAAUUUAUCAGAAGGCAAAUGUCUCCCUUCUCAUGGCAUCGAGCGAAUCCCGUGAACGAACUGAACCAGAUAAAAAAAACAUAA